AUGACGACGCCGCGCCCGAUUUUGAAAGAUAGAGACCUGGACGACCAGGGAUUCUCCAACAAGGAAAGAGUCAGCCAUAUGAUUCCAAGGCCGUCCCACGAUGGAGUUGAGAUUGACUAUGAAUCGCUUCCGGAAAACUCGCCUGUUAUUGCGCAACUUACUGCUGGCGCCUUUGCUGGAAUAAUGGAACACACAGUGAUGUAUCCGAUAGAUGCUAUCAAAACCCGAAUGCAAAUAAUGAAGGUGCCGUUGAACGAAGGAAUCAUACAGUCCUUCUCUAAGAUCUCAUCCACGGAAGGAGCCGUUGCACUUUGGCGAGGAGUUUCUUCGGUUGUUCUGGGCGCGGGACCUGCACACGCAGUGUAUUAUCUUGUGUUCGAGUCCACCAAAACCGCUCUUUGCAAAAUGUCUGCAAGUUCGCACAGCCAUUCCAACGCCAGCUUUAUCACCGAUGAAAGACAUCCAAUCAUUGCAUCGAUGUCGGGAAUAGCGGCCACCACCACCUCCGACGCCCUGAUGACUCCAUUUGACGUUUUGAAGCAACGAAUGCAAAUCAUUAAUAAGAAACAUUACUCCAAGAUCUCCAUUGGCAAUGUGGCAUGGAACAUCUACAAACAAGAGGGCCUGAGACCGUUUUUCAUCUCGUAUCCAACUACGUUAAUUCUCAACAUUCCAUUUGCUGCCAUUAAUUUUGGAGUUUAUGAAUAUGCCAGCUCCAAGUUGAAUCCCGAUCAACUUUAUAAUCCAAUGUUGCACUGUAUUUCGGGAGGAAUUAGUGGAGCUGCUGCUGCUGCUCUCACCACCCCGUUAGACUGCAUCAAGACUGCAUUACAAACACGGUCCGUCCCCAACGUCACUGGCUUCAGAACAGCCGCAGUGGGACUUUACCAGGUUGGUGGGUCAAGUGCGUUCUGGAGAGGACUCAGACCCCGUGUUGUGUUUAACGUGCCGUCAACAGCCAUCAGCUGGACAGCAUAUGAGAUGGCUAAGGCCUAUCUUUUGAGGGACAAGCCUUCACCAUAG